UCCUUGCAAUGAUCGAAAGACAACACGAUCUUGAAUUCACUUUCCAAACCGGAUACAAACAUAUAUAUAAUACAAAAAACAAAGUAUGCUUUAUUCGCCUUUGCUCCUUGUUUAUCACUACUUGUCCUAGUUCGUCGAUGUGAGGAUUUUGCGAAAUGCAGUUGAGGACGAAAAAUUAUACAGGAAUGGAAGGGAAUGAUUCCCGAUCUCAUUCUGGACUUGUGAUUUUCAAUUCUUCAUUUGAAUCGAAGAGGAAAAUUUCAGCUAUAUAUUUUGCUUGUAUUUCGCUUUUUAUCAUCUUUGGUAACUCAAUAACACUGUGUAUCACAUGGAAAAAGAAGGCAAAAAAACCUACAGACUUUCUUCUUGGUACCCUGUCGGCACUGGAUCUUUUGACUCCACUGACAGAGUUCCCUCUUCUGGUUAUAUACAGCACGUUUGGCGUUUGGCUCGGAGGAGAAACAACGUGUCAUCUGGUCGCAUUGAUAUCACUGUUUUUAUGGAGAUUUUCAAUGAUCGUUUCGACUAUGAUCACUGUCGACAGAUUUCUCGCCAUUGCAAAACCAUUUUUCUAUCGCUCGAAAAUUCGCCUCCGACCGACUCGAGUCGCUGUUGUAGUUUUCGGGAUUUAUAGUCUAAUAAUUGCCGUCCUUCCUCUCGUGGAAAUGGCCUCUCAAGAUCAAUUUGAAAAAGACUGGUGGCGCUGUAUUUACCAUUGGAAAUCGAGUCGUUAUCAUCCUCUUACCGGGGUGUAUGUAGUUUUAAAUUCAAUAGAUACCUCACUAUCAGUUGUUAUUAUGAGUGUGUGCAAUUUUGCUGUGGUGGCUUACUUUAUCAACCGCAAUCGAAAACAGAGCAAUAAUGUAGGACCAGAGAAAAACGGUUCGUACAGAUCAAGAUAUAGAAACAAUUCGAGGAAGAGAAAGAGUGACAUGAAGUACGCCAAGAUCAUGGCCUGCGUCUCGUUUUACUCUCCGCUCUGUGUUUUUCCAGUACAGAUACUUAUAUUACUACAUCAAUUUGGAGGAACGUCAAUCAGUGCUCAGUCCAUCUCGCUGUACCAGUUACAUGUAGUGGCAAUAAGCCUUCUUCUCAACCCAUUAUCAUAUGCCCUAAUAAGGAAGCACUAUAGACGAGCUUAUUGGUUUAUUCUUCGUCAUCCAUUGAUAGUGUGUGGCGUCACAAGCAAUGGAGAUUUUGAUUUUGAUGCUGCUGACAAUUCAGAUGGUUUGGGAUUAGAUCGAAAGAUAUUGAACUUCCGUGAGCUUGGUAUGACAGCCCUGGCUACAGCUAGAUUCAGGUUGAGGAUGAAGCAAGUAAUGGAUCAAAGAUCAGAAAAUAUCGCUCAGAAAGGUAACCAAGUAGCAACUAUCCCUACCAUCGUCAAACGAGAUUACUCAUUAGAAGACGACUUAGAAAAAGGCAAAAGAUGCCCUCCGUGUAUCUUCAUGGACAAUAGCGACGCCGAACGAAUAUCGAGCGCUACGGAAUGCUCCGAGACAUCAACGACACGUCUGCGAGCAAGACCGAACUUGCUACGAAAUCUUUCCUUGGCGUCUUCUUACUUUAGUGACCAAGAAUCACUGCCUCCAUCACCUGGAUACUUAGCUGUCCCAGAUAGGAAUUCCAACCGUUCAAGGACAGAAAGCAACGGCUCGUCUGAUACUGAUUACUCGGAUUUUCCCUCUACUAGCGGACUUGGUUCACCUAAAAGGCUUUCGUUUGACAACGAUAGUGUGUUUCUUGGAAACGACAACUAGGAAAAAGGUCUUAAUUUUUGUAAGGAAAAAAUAAGGAUCCACGGAAUCAACUCCUCUGCAGGCAACUCUUGCCUGAGCAACGGAGAUUUCGAAUGGAGAGGUCUGGAGAGGAGAAAGAGGGAGAGGAGAAAAGGCGAGGGUUGCAACCAUCCCUCUUUUUUCUCCAAUCCCCUCACUCAUGGAUCAUUCCACAAGAGGCCUAAUUUAAUUCUUUCCUAAGUUUUGUUUUGGAGAGUUUUCUGCAGAGGCUACAAUAUUCGUUGGAGUUGAUAAUUAGCCAUACUGAGGUUGAGUAAGAGACUGGGUCGUGUUUGCAUUGCAGUGCAUUGUGGGAAGUUUCAGUCGAACGAAAUAGACGCCAUAUUGAAAAUGUAUCCCCUAGAACAGUCCCACGAUGCACUGAAAUAUUAAAAUGGCUUUAUAUCUUU